AUGAGUGACAGUCUUCCUUUGCUUGGAAGUGGACGUACUUUAGAUAGUCCUACGACUUCCAAUGAAUCAAAAUGGAAACAAUAUUAUUAUGCUAUUUAUGAACCAACCAGAUUAACUUUGAAAUCAUCAAUUGUCAAUUAUUUAUUAAUAUUUGUUCCACUUGGUAUUAUAGCUGGUCAAUUAGGAUGGAGUGCCAAUGCAAGAUUUUGGAUCAACUUUUUAGCAAUUAUCCCAUUAGCGCUGAUUUUAGCUUAUGCAACUGAAGAAAUUAGUGAUUUCGUUGGCCAAACAGUUGGUGGAUUAUUAAAUGCUACUUUUGGUAAUGCAGUUGAAUUAAUUGUUUCAAUCAUUGCCUUGAAGGAUAAUCAAGUCCGUAUCGUCCAAGCAUCUAUGUUGGGUAGUAUUUUGAGUAACUUAUUAUUGGUUUUAGGAUGUUGUUUUAUUGCCGGUGGUAUUACCAGAGUUCAACAAACAUUUAAUCAAACUGUUGCUCAAACCAUGUCAAGUUUAAUGGCUUUAGCCACUGCCUCAUUAUUGCUUCCUGCUGCAUUCCAUGCUUCCUUACCAUAUCCUGAUAAACAUACUGGGUUUGCUCCGACUCCGGGUAGUUCUGAUAAAUUGAUUUUAUCAUUAUCAAGAGGUGUGUCAAUAAUUUUAUUAGUGGUCUAUUUAUUUUAUUUACUUUUCUCAUUAAAGACUCACAAGGCAUUAUUUGAAGAAACCAACAGCGACGUAGAAGAUGACGAAAUCAGAGCAGCGGAAGAAAACAACUUAAGUCCAAUUAGGUCUCCUCAUAUAAGUAUUAAAGAUAAUCAUAUUCAUGAAUCACAUUUAACAAUAACUGCCGCAAUUGUUGUUUUAUUAUUCUCAACCGUUUUCGUUUCUAUCUGUGCUGAUAUUCUUGUUGGUUCAAUUGAUGAAAUUGUCGAAAAAACGGGAUUAUCUCAUACAUUCAUCGGUUUAAUUGUCAUUCCUAUUGUAGGUAAUGCAGCCGAACAUGUAACUGCAGUUAUUGUUGCUAUGAAAGAUAAAAUGGAUCUUGCAAUUGGUGUUGCUGUAGGAUCCUCUUUACAAAUUGCCAUUUUUGUUACUCCAUUCAUGGUUUUAAUUGGUUGGGCUUUUGAUGUUAAUAUGUCAUUAUAUUUCUCAACUUUUGAAACUGCAGUUUUAUUUGUUAGUGUCUUUAUCACUAACUUGGUCAUCUUGGAUGGUGAGAGCAAUUGGUUGGAAGGUACGAUGCUAGUAAGUACUUACUUGAUAGCUGCAUUGGCAUUCUUCUUCUAUCCUGAUAAUGCUUAUUAA